UCCGCACCGAGCUCCCCGGCGCUGCCGUCCUCGCCUCCGCCGCCCCGGCGGCUCCGCGCAGCGCCCGCGCAGCGGGUCGGCAUCUUCAUGGGCUGCCACCAUGCUUGGGCCCUGGAGAUUUCGGGCGAAGCUAGUUUUGCAGAACAUUGGGAAUAAGCGCUAUGUCAGAUAUGGAUGAGACUCCGAAGAUGACCUGCAUGUUUUACAUUUUUCACAAAUUUUGGGAAAUAAAAUGUAUGCUUGCUGCUCUACAGUAACUUUGGAACAGGACCUCAACAAAAAAAUGCAUAUCUGGAUGCUGCAGACGAUCGCAUUUGCUUUAACAUCACUAGUCCUUUCCUGGGCAGAAAGCAUCGAGUAUUAUGGGGAAAUCUGUGAUAAUGCGUGUCCUUGUGAGGAGAAGGACAGCAUCUUAACAGUGAGCUGUGAAAACAGAGGGAUCAUCAGCCUUUUUGAGAUCAGUCCACCAAGGUUCCCUGUUUACCACCUCUUGUUGUCUGGGAACCUUCUGAACAGGCUGUACCCAAACCAGUUUGUCAAUUACACAGGGGCUUCGAUUUUGCAUCUGGGGAGCAAUGACAUACAAGACAUCGAAACUGGGGCCUUUCAUGGUCUGAGAGGUUUAAGGAGGCUGCACUUGAACAAUAACAAGUUGGAACUUUUACGGGAUGACACUUUCCUUGGGCUAGAGAGUUUGGAAUACCUACAGGUCGAUUAUAAUUAUAUUAGUGUCAUUGAACCCAAUGCCUUCAGCAAACUGCAUUUGUUGCAGGUGCUGAUUCUCAAUGAUAACCUCCUCUCCAGUUUGCCCAACAACCUUUUCCGUUUUGUGCCCUUAACUCACCUGGACCUGAGGGGUAACCGGCUGAAGCUGUUGCCCUAUGUGGGCCUCCUGCAGCACAUGGAUAAAGUGGUGGAGCUGCAGCUGGAGGAAAACCCCUGGAAUUGCUCUUGUGAGUUGAUUGCUCUGAAGGAUUGGCUGGACAGCAUCUCAUACUCCGCGCUGGUGGGAGAUGUGGUUUGCGAGACCCCUUUCCGCUUACAUGGUCGAGACUUGGAUGAAGUCUCUAAGCAGGAGCUUUGCCCCAGGAGGCUCAUCUCUGAUUAUGAAAUGAGACCUCAGACACCACUGAGCACUACAGGGUAUUUCCACACUACCCCGGCCUCAGUCAACUCUGUGGCCACUUCUUCUUCAGCUGUUUACAAAUCUCCCUUGAAGCCCCCCAAAGGGACCCGCCAACCCAACAAGACAAGGGUGCGCCCCACCUCCCGUCUGCCCUCAAAAGACCUGGGAUACAGCAACUACGGCCCCAGCAUUGCCUACCAGACCAAAUCCCCGGUGCCUUUGGAGUGCCCCACUGCCUGCACUUGCAACUUGCAGAUUUCUGACCUGGGCCUCAAUGUCAAUUGUCAGGAGAGGAAGAUUGAGAGCAUUUCUGAGCUGCAGCCCAAACCCUAUAAUCCCAAGAAGAUGUAUUUGACGGAAAACUACAUUGCGCUGGUACGCAGGGCAGAUUUUGUGGAUGCCACUGGGCUGGAUUUGCUGCAUCUGGGCAAUAAUCGGAUCUCGGUCAUUCAGGACCGGGCUUUUGGGGAUUUAACUAAUUUGCGAAGGCUGUACCUGAAUGGGAACCGGAUCGAGCGGCUGAGCCCAGAGCUGUUCUAUGGGCUGCAAAGCCUGCAGUACCUCUUCCUGCAGUACAACGUCAUCCGGGAGAUAGAGGCAGGCACCUUUGAAUCUGUCCCCAACCUUCAGCUCUUGUUUUUGAACAACAAUCUGCUGAGGUCUUUGCCAGGGAACAUUUUUUCUGGUCUGUCUCUCUACAGGCUGAGCCUGCGGAGCAACCACUUCUCCUACCUGCCGGUGAGCGGGGUGCUGGACCAGCUGAAAUCCCUGCUGCAGAUCGACCUGCACGAGAACCCCUGGGACUGCACCUGCGACGUGGUGGGCAUGAAGCUGUGGCUGGAACAGCUCAACACCGGUGUCCUGGUGGACCAGGUGAUCUGCGAGUCCCCUAAGAAGUUUGCCCAGAGCGACAUGCGGGCCGUCCGGGCGGAGCUGCUGUGCCCCGACUACUCGGACAUCGUGGUCUCCACGCCCACGCCGUCCCCGGGCCAGCUGCCGGCCAGGACCACCCCCUCCUCCUCCACCGUGCGCCUCAAUGGCACGGCGGCUGCGGCGGGCGGCUCCGCGCCCGCGGGCGGCGCCGGCGGCGGCAGCAGCUCCUCGGUGCCGCUCUCGGUGCUGAUCCUCAGCCUGCUGCUCGUCUUCAUCAUGUCCGUCUUCGUGGCGGCGGGGCUCUUCGUCCUGGUGAUGAAGCGGCGCAAGAAGGGCCAGGGCGACCACGCCAGCGCCAACAACUCCGACGUGAGCUCCUUCAACAUGCAGUACAGCGUCUACAGCGGCGGCGGCCACCACCACCACCCCCACCUGCAGCAGCACCCGCCCCACCGCGGCGGCGGCAGCGGCGGCGGCGGGGGCGCGGCGCUGCCCAAGGUGAAGACCCCCGCCGGCCACGUCUACGAGUACAUCCCGCACCCCCUGGGCCACAUGUGCAAGAACCCCAUCUACCGCUCCCGGGAAGGCAACUCGGGCGAGGAUUACAAAGACCUUCACGAGCUCAAGGUCACCUACAGCAGCCACCCCCUGCCGCCCGGGGGGGGCGCGCCGCCGCCCCCGCCGCCCCCGGCGCCCGGCGGGGAGGAUGCGCCGGCGCGCAGCCCCGCGUACAGCGUGAGCACCAUCGAGCCGCGGGAGGAGCUGCUCUCGCCGGUGCAAGACGCCGACCGCUUUUACAGGGGCAUUUUGGAGCCCGACAAACACUCCCCCUCCACGCUGGGUACACCCGGCUCCACCCUCCCCGACUACCCCAAGCUCCCCGCCGCCUACACGUACUCCCCCAACUAUGACCUUAGGCGUGCCCACCAGUACUUGCACCCGGGGCCGGGGGACGCCAGGCUCCGGGAGACGGUGCUCUACAGCCCCCCGAGUACUGUCUUUGUAGAGCCCAACAGGAACGAGUAUCUGGAGCUAAAAGCAAAACUAAACGCAGAGCCGGACUACCUCGAAGUGCUGGAAAAACAGACCACAUUCAGCCAGUUCUGAGAAACAGCCCCCCCGUCCCCCGUCCCCUCGCCCGUCUCAGCAGCUCCUUCUCUAGAGUAUUUGUAUUUAACAACCACACGCAAAACAAAGAAACGUAAAUGCUGACCUCCCUACACACACACACCUCGCCCCCCCUCCUCUUUUUCCCCCUUUAAUUCAUUUUAUUGUAGGGUGAAGUGCCUUGGCACAGGACUUUUCAGCUUCGGGGAAUGAUUCUGAAAGGGUGUGCUGUUCAGUUUGGUUUGGUUUUAGUUUUACUUUUCUGUUACUGCAUUUGGAAGUCGGAAACCACCUAUUGUGUAAAAUGGGCACAGCACUGGCAUUGUGCGGGUGUCCAUGUGUGUUUGGGGAAGGUGGCAGGAGGUUUCAUGGUUUCUUGUCAGGUCACAUUCAGGAUUCAGGUCGUGCUUUUUUUUUUUUCUUGCAUUUUUAUCUUUUGCUUUUUUUUUUUUUUUUUUUUUUUUACAGGCAUUCUUUAGUUUAAUUUUCUGUCUGGUUGAAGAGUACAGCGCACAUUUUCCCCUUUUAGCCAUGGGUGAGUCUAAAUGGCUUUUAUGGAGAGAUUAGCACACCCCGACUUUAAUACAAGGUUUCCUUUUUUUAAGGA